AUGAUUAAACUUAUAAGUCUAAGGAGAAGAAAAUUAUUCAAUUUAAUCAUAUUAUUCUCCCUUUGUAUUUUAUUACCAACACUUUUAAUUUACUAUGAAGGUCAUAAACAUUUAAUUAAAAUAGCUGAAAAUUAUUAUAAUCCAGAUGAUUGGUCAUCUAUUAAAACAUUGAGUGAUAAAUUUGAUUUUUCAUAUUUACCAGGUUUAAAUUAUCUUAAAUCAUCAACUCCAGAAUUGGAUGAAAAAGGAUAUAUUCUAAGUCCAGGUAAUGUUCAAUUUAAGUUUUUAAAUAAAGGUAAAGUUAAAGGAUCACCAGAAGAUAUAGUUAAACAAACAACUAAAGAAUAUGAACAAUUAAUGAGUGAAAAAAUAGGAGGACCAAAAGAUGCUAAAUUAAUUCCAGCUCCAUCAAAAGAUGAAUUGGAAAAUUAUAAACAUGCAAAUGCUACUAUAUUAGCAUUAGUUAGAAAUGAAGAAGUUACUAAAAUAGGUCAAAGUAUAAGAAGAUUUCAAAAACAAUUUAAUGCUAAAUUCAAUUAUCCUUAUACAUUUUUAAAUGAUCAACCAUUUACUGAAAAAUUUAAAAAUAGGAUUAUUAAAUAUACUGAAAAUGCACCAGUUGAGUUUGUUCAUGUUAAACCUGAAUUAUGGGAUAAACCAUCAUUUAUUGAUCUCGAUAAAGAAAAGAAAGAAAUGGAUAUUAUGUUUAAACAUAAUAUAGCAUAUGCUAAAAAGGCAUCUUAUCAUAAUAUGUGUCGAUUUUAUCUGGGUCAAUUUUAUAAUGUUCCUGAAUUAUCAAAAUAUAAAUAUUAUUGGAGAAUUGAACCACAAGUUAAAUUUUUCACUAGUAUUGAUUAUGAUGUAUUUAAAUAUAUGGAAGAUACUGGAAAAAUUUAUGGUUUUACAAUUAAUCUUUAUGAUAUUGAAGAAUCAAUUAAAACAUUAUGGCCAGAAACUUUAACAUAUUUAAAUGAAAAUGAUAAUUAUAAAUAUAUUGAUCCUAAUGGUAGUUUUCAAUGGUUACUUGAAGAUUUACAAAAUCCAAAGAAAAAUCAAGUAGCAAAUGGUUAUUCAACUUGUCAUUUUUGGUCAAAUUUUGAAAUUGGAGAUAUGGAUUUUUUCAGAAGUGAAGCUUAUAAUAAUUGGUUUAAAUAUCUUGAUUCAACUGGGAAAUUCUAUUAUGAAAGAUGGGGAGAUGCUCCAGUUCAUUCAAUUGGUGUUAGUUUAUUUGCUCCAAAGGAUAAAAUCCAUUGGUUUAGAGAUAUUGGUUAUGAACAUGAUCCUUAUUUUUCAUGUCCAAGUACUGAUACUACUAAAUUUUGUCAAGUUGGGAAAUUCAGUCGAUGGGAACAUUUAUUUGAUCAAAAUUGUUUAAUGAAUUGGUUAAAACAUGAUCAACCAAAGAAUGUAUACUAA